GAAGAUUUAACUGGGUUUUCUUACCUUCAAAAUUAUUCAAAUUUACGCAUAAUUGAACUUAUCUCGAACACGACAAACUUUCAAUGGAUUUAUAACUAUAAUAUAACCGCAUUUAUAUGUACUCAGCACUCUGGUGCUUGUAUUUUUAAGAGAGACAUUAUGAAAAGAACAUGUCCCUUUGGCUGUGUAUGCACUUUCGAGCGUAACGAACUGCAAUUUAAAAUAGAUUGUGAUUCCAUUGAUCCACUAACGCAUGUCCCAGAUUUGCCAAUCCCAAUAGUUGGUAAUGCAAUAUUGUAUUUCAAUAAUAAGAACCUGACUGAAUUGCCAAACUCAACCUUAUAUGGAUAUUCGAAUCUACGACAGUUGCAUCUGGCCAAUAACAGGCUCACCCAUAUAAGUCUGGCCCAACUGCCAGCCAAUUUAACUUAUCUGGAUGUCAGCAACAACAGCUUAAAAACUUUUGACAAAAACGUGCUGGAGUUUCUUUCGAGUAGAUCAGGUAAUAUACGACUAAGGAUUUCGGGUAAUUUAUGGAUAUGCGACUGUGAUGCUGAGCCAUUGAUAUCGUUUGUUGCAAAUUUGUCAAAUUCGAUUGACGAUCGUGAACAUAUUGAAUGCAAUGAGAUACACUUUGGCAAGAUGGCAUUUCUUAAAAAAACAGAUAUUUGUGGAUUACCUACAAAUUACAGUGCACUCUUAUUUGGCUGUCUUUUGGGAAUCGCAAUUAUAAUAAUGGCAUAUUUCUACCUCAAGAAAUCCGUUAUUAUUUGUCUUUAUGAGCGGAAUUUGUGCAUAAGCUGCAUUUCGCAUCCGGAACCCGAGAAUAGUAAUACUUUGACAGUUGACGCAUUUCUUGCAUUUUCACACAUGGACUCGGAACUUGUGGAAGAGUACAUUGAAAAAUUGGAGAAAGGAUCCCGUGCAUUUAAGCUUUGUUAUUAUCAACGCGACUGGUUGAUUGGUGAAUCCAUUCCAGCAUGCAUUUUAAAAUCCAUAGAAGAAUCAAAAAGAAUCAUUAUAUUGAUGACCAAGAACUUCAAGCAGUCAGCCUGGGGUCGCUUCGAAUUCCGUAUGGCUGUUCAGGCUACUUCGAUCGACCAGUACAAGCGUCUGAUUAUUAUUGUGUAUCCAGAAGUGGAAGAUUUCAAUGACCUGGACUCUGAGCUGAGAACGUACAUGAAAUUGAAUACAUAUCUGAGACGUGAUGAUCCCCAGUUUUGGAGAAAGCUUAUUUUUGCGAUGCCCCACAAUCAUGGAAAUCACGGACGGGCUCCGAUUAAUGCUGAGCGACAGGCUCAAGAGCUACCACUUUUAAGACCCAAAACAGUUGCCUGAAUUAUGAGUGGAUAU